UUGCUUCUCACAAGAGCAACUACCACUUGAGUGCUGCGAGUGGAGAACACAACACUCUAGUAGAGAGACAUCAAGGACCGAUUCAAAUCUUUUCCCCCCCGUUUCCCAAAUGAGACAUUCGUUUGACUUCACCGCUAUCGCAAUCCUUUGUAUGCGCGCGCACGGGGUAGCUCGUUCCUGCCGAAGAAUUCAGGCGACGCGAGGCAGGAAUGUCGGGUGGGCGGGUGGUUUUAUCAUGACUUACCGUUGUCGCAUUGUUCUAGUCUAUUCGAAAGUCUCGGAUCUCGAACGUAUCCAGCCUCGAUCGGAGUCCUCAAGCUCAUGUAGCCCUGGUCGAAUAGGCCUGGGCCGGUUGAUCUAUCUCUGUUCUUGUCUUCUCUUUGAGACAAUGUCUAAUUCGGGUUGA